UUACUUUCAUUAUAUUUUCUGCAAAAUUUCUAUGAAAACUCUACUGUGUUCUUCUUGCGCUUGAACUGCUGUAUCGUUUGUGGAUUUCUACAUCAAGUUUUCAAAACCAAAAUCAGAAAUUGAGGAGAUGUCUUCAGAAGAAACAAUGAGUGUUGUAGGAAGUGAGGUGAUGCCUCUGGAGUAUGGUGGUAUGAACUCAGAGAGUAGUCCAUCUAGUUCGGAAAGGACAGUGGAGGGGGUGGGAGGAGGUGAGGUAGUUGGGGUAGGGGGGGAUACUAUACCCAUUACUGUGGUAGAAGUAGAGGGUAGGAGAGAGAGGUGCUACGAUGUAGAUGCAGAUAUCGUAGGUGAGGUAAAACAAUAUAAGUCUGAACUCGGGACUAGGGAUAGCCUGGGGCCAGCUAGGGUAGAGGAGAAGGCGUGUUCUGCUCCUCGGGACCAUUGGAUGCCCGUGUAUGCCCACUAUUUGGUAGUCGGGCUUAGGGGUAGUAGAAAAGAUAAAGGGUGGUAUUAUUUCACCCCUAGGGUAGCAAAUAGGGAGAGUAGGACUUUAUUUACUGCGGGUCCUUCAUCCAUUAAAGGAUGGAAGGAAAAAUUUUUCUUUGUAGAUGAUAUAGAAUGGGAGAGGGGGGAUGUCGAGGUAGAACUGUUGUCUUCCUUGAAGGCUAAGAGAGCAAACCAGAAUAAGUUUCGUUUAAAUGAGGAUGAGGAGGAAGAGGUGGGGAAGUUGGUGAGGGAAGGGGGGAAUUUAGUGAACAUCAUGUACCUCACCGGCGCAGAAUGCAUAGAAGCUGCUGAGCUCUAUGGGUCAAGCGCUUUAACUAAAAUGGACAAGUUUUUGAACGCUGCUGGAGGAGUGGCCAUCCCUAAGAAGCCAAGGAAGAAGUUAAAGACUUCAACUAAAGGAGUGGAUGAGGGGGUAGUUAAGAGGGAGGUAGUGCCCAGCAUUUCAACCGGGAUGGAGGAGGAGGUGCCAAGGCUGGAGUUGAAGAGGAAGGGUAGGGAGGAGGAAGGGGCCCUACAAAGGAAGAAGAGGGUGGUGGAGGAAGAAGAGAGGGGGAGCGAGGUUCCCCAGUUCAUGCCUCAGCCUCCUCCUGUUGAGCUCGACCCUGAGCUCAGGGAGUCUAAAGAGGGGGUUGAGAACAUGACGGGGGCUAGGAGGUUUAUCAAUGCCAUCUUCCCCGAAGUGGACAAGCGUCACGCAUGGGACGAGGCUCUGAGGUACUGUGGGGCUUCGGUGGUGAAGCACGUUUUGGAGGAGUUUAUGGAGAGUGUGAAGGAGCGCUCCCUCUUGCAAAGCCAGUGUGACCAGCUGCAAAAGGAGAAGGAAGAACUGGAGAAGAAAAAUAAAGAAAUGCAAGAGGCAUUGGACAAGGUGGUUCCAGCAGUGAAACGGCUAGAGCAAGAAAGGGCUUCCUUGAGCACCAAGCUCGAGGCUUAUAUGGAGCUGAAGAAGAAUGUGCAACUACUUGUGCACAAUGGGAUGGAGGAGCACAUUAGCAACUUUGUCAGCUCCAGCUCGUUUGACAGCAUUGUCAACCUCUACCGGCUGCCAACUGCCAUCCUUGCCUUCACAAACUGCAGAAAGAAAGUGAAGGCUGAAUAUCCCGAAAUGGAUAUUACAAAGAUCACUUUCGGCGAGCAAGAAAAAGGAGUGGAAGAGAAUGGUGAACGUAUAUCAAUAGACUUCCGUCCUCAGAUUAAGCUGAGGUGGGAGCAUGAUGUAGACGGACGCACUGUCUUCCCUCUAAGAUUUGACUUCGAGUUCGUUGUAGUGGAAGAAGAAGAGGCAGAGGGAGAGGAAGAUGAAGUGGGGGCAGGAGUGGAAGGAGCUGAAGUGGAUGAGAGUCAACCACCUCUGCUAGUGGAGAUUCAUUAAGUUCCUUCUAACGAUGAGCAACCACCCCUGCCAGACGAGCAGCAGCCAACACAGCCAACUCUUCCAGCUGAGCAGUAGCCAAUUCAGCCAUUUCCUCUAGCAGAGGAAUAAAGAAUUUUUGUUUUUUGAUUUUUCUUUGAUAUUUUGUUGUAUUAUCAUUUGAACAAUUUGUUAUAAACUUGUUAUUUGAUU